UUUACCCUUACCAAACUACGUCUUCCCUUAACAUGAGCUUUACCGUCAUCAAUAAACGAGCCAUUACACGAUGCCAAUCGACAUCCACUUCGGUUUGAGAUGCAUUCCCUUGAACAUGAAAUGGUUCAACUUUUCCACUCACAUAUUUUUAUUGAUUGAGGAUCGCCAUCUGAUUCAUCGGCCUGUCUAUGGUUCCUUUAGAUGAAGUCCCUUCGAAGAGUGAAUAUCGGAGUUGUGCUCCACUUCUUGGGCCGACCCAACGGUUUCUGGCCGAUCGGGUACAGCCCAGCUAGUGUCGGGCUUUUCCGACCACCAUCACCACUUACCAAGCUGUCAUCGCCUUGUUCGUAAAAUGAUAUGAAGAAAGGAAAGGGACAUCAAGAUGUAAAGGGCAUCGAGAGCUCUGUCUGCAAUCACAUCAUCCGCCUACACUAUGUCGUCCUUUCCAGAGAACAAUCGAACAUGGCAAAUCCUUCAUGAAGCAGACAACGGCGGUUACGCCGUUGGGGCAUAUAACUGCUAUAACACCGAUAGUGUUAUGGCAGUGGUUCGGGCAGCAGAGAAUAAAAGGUCUCCCGCCAUUAUCCAGCUCUUUCCAUGGACGCUUCACUUCCAGGGCAAACAUUUCAUCAAAUUUGUGAUUGAAUAUACCCACAGCGCAUCUGUACCCAUAGCGGUACAUCUCGAUCACUGCAUCCAACCAGAAGACGUCGAUCUCGCACUGUCUCUUCCCGUGCCAUUUGAUUCCAUCAUGGUCGACGCAUCUACGCUCUCGCCCGAAGAAAACAUUCGGACAUGUAAGUCGUACGUGGAGCGUGCGACUGCGCUCGGGAUCUGCAUUGAAGCCGAGAUGGGCCGGAUGGAGGGCGGUGAAGAUGGCUUGCCGCAUGUUGACAUGAAAACCAUCCUGACGAAGCCUGAGGAGGCCGAGUCAUUCGUGCGGGAAACAGGUGUGCAUUUUCUGGCACCGAGCUUUGGCAACAUCCAUGGAGCGUAUGGACCUGGAGGCGCGGAGAAAGCUUGGGACCUGGAGAGACUGAGGAAAAUACACGCGGCGUUGCCUCACUUGCCACUGGCACUGCACGGCACGCAUCCAGUGUCAGAUGAGCUGUUCCUGGAGUCGAUCAAGUGUGGAAUGCGCAAAAUCAACCUGAAUCGCACAGUCAGAGAUGGCUACACACAGUUUAUAGCAGAGAAUGCUGGGAAAUUGGAACUCACUGUGUUGUCCAUGCGUGGAGUGGAGGUUUAUACUAAUGGUGUUGAGAGGAUGAUGGAUGUGCUAGGAUCUUCGGGAAAAGCAUGAUUAUCGAC